ACCCGAGUGGAACUCCGAGUCUGCACAGGGUGACAAGUGAAGCUCCUCAAGUUGGCGAACAGCCACCUGCAGAUUUUCUGGCCUGUCAUACAAGCUCCCACCCGGAAAUAACGCAUCUUUCAACCCAGUAAGAUUCCGACCGUCCAUACUUGCGCAUAUUUCGCGAACGCGAGGGACAGCCGCGAGUACGUCACGCUACGGUAUUUCUCCGGGAUAUCCUUCAAGCCAUAUCGAUAAGGUGUCCACAGCGACGAGUGGACCAAUGCAGAAAGAGCUAAAGGCGUCUACCAGUGGUGUGGGGGUCUGGCUAGAACUCGGCGAGAACGUAACACGAGCAUUGAGGCGGCCAGGACAGGCUGAACCCAAUGAGCGAUCACAGACAUCUGAGCUCCACCUUUCGUCGCUUCGGGUACCUCACGAAGACAGGAAAAAAAGGAAGGCGGAAAUAAUGUCAGCCCGUUGGGCAGAGCGUCGUGACGAGCAGGCACGCUAGUCUCCAGAGUAAUGU